AUCAGUUUGUCAAUAAUUUUAUUGAAAUAGAGUAUUCGCAAAAUGUAAAUAUCUAAAGUUAGUUGCUUAUUAAAUAUGACGUAUUCGGGAAAAUCGGUUCAAACCGGAAUAUCUGCGACACUGUUUAUAUUGAUAUCUCCGCAUUGAAGUGAAGAUGGUUUCCUUUAAUGUGUGUGUGUGUGUGUGUGUGUGUAUUAAAUGAGGUGUUGUAAUAUGUGUCGAGUGUCUGGGUGAUGGUAGUGUGUCUGGCAACUGGGAGGCUUGCAGAGUCUGAGCCAUACCUGUGCAAGUCGACAGCCCGUCCCCUGCUGCGCACUUAACCAAAUCCUUGCUUGCCAGUUAGGCUAUGCUGUAUUUUUUGCAUUAAGUGAGCAUGUUUGUUAAUAGUUGUGGUGUAUGGUGUGACGUUAGGUGUAGGGUAGAGGUGAUAUAGGGCGAGGGAGGUCGUGGCUGGUGGCGCCGCUCUGGUGGCGCGAGGCGGCAUGGCGAGGUACAUCGGUGUAGUCGUCAGUCAGUUGGUGGGGCGCGUAGCCUAAGGACGCGUGCUCUUGUGUGUGAUGAUCAUGUUCACCCGCCCGUGUUCCUCUGUGUGAUGAUCAUGUUCACCUGGCCCCGGUGACACCGCCUCUUAACUCCACCAUCACUGUGCUACCACUCACUUCAUCACUCUUAGUGUCAUAUUGUUCACACUUGUUUACACCAUGGCUUCAAGUUUCUUUUCGUUAGUGAAAGAGGAACCCGAUUCAGGGCAUGAUAUGGAAACUACGCCUGUGGCACUGCCGCCCACUAGUGUGGGUAUGAGCGGCCACACGCCUCCAGGGGGUGGUGGUCGGCACGUGGGCGGCCCGCCCCUGCAGGUGGGGAUGCCUCUUACUCCCGUAACACCAACCACCCGCCAGCCUCCACCUCUCCACCGCCUUGAGAUUGACCCAAACUUUGAGCCCGUAGCCCGUUCGCGUGCCAACACGUGGCCCCAACCAUGCCCCGAGGGCUACAGGGAAGGUGAGGAACCAUUUGCGGUGGGCGCCGAGGGCCCGGUGCCAGUGGACCAAGCCCGGCCUCCGGGCGCCAUCGGCGACCCCUCGGGCGGGCCGCCCAAGAAGAACACCUCCCGCCGCAAUCCCUGGGGCAACAUGUCCUAUGCUGACCUCAUCGCUCAAGCCAUCCUGUCGUCCCCUGAAGGACGCGCCACCCUCUCCCAGAUCUACGACUGGAUGGUGCAGAACGUGCCAUACUUCAAGGACAAGGGCGACUCCAACUCUUCCGCUGGCUGGAAGGUAAGAUGACUUAUCGCUGCCCAACCUCGCCAGGCCGGCGAGUUUUGGCAGGGAGAAUUAUGACAAAGAAUGAAACCGUGAAAGGCAAGACUCUGAAAAGACAGGAGAUGGAGGGAGGGCACAUCUGGCUUCCUGAGGUAAGGUGUGCAAGGCCAUGGUGGUGUCUUACUUAUAAUGUUGCGUCUAGCAAUGUGUUAUCUGACGGAGGUGUUGACUGUU